CAGCAGCUUGGUUCCCCACAUUGCGCGGCUGGACACUCGGACCAACCACUUUUUGCCAGCAGGCUGCUGACUUCCUCCCUUGACUCCUCCAUCUCCAAUACCACGCCAAAAAUGGUCCUCGUGUCCUCGAAAACGCUUAUCCAGGCACAUGGCGUGCUCCUGGUUAUUAUCGCGGGCUAUCUGGUCAAGAACCCGGCUUUCAUCACGGAUUGCGAUCUGGUGUUUAUGAUGGGCGAAGCGUUGAAGAUUGACUUCCCCACCGUCACCAGUGCGGUUGAAAACCCUUUCGUCUUCUGCUCUGUCCCACUCUUCGCUACCGCCCUCUUCGACCUGAUCCUCCUCUCCACCCUACCUUUCAACGAUGCUCUCGACGAAGCACUGCAUUACAGCCGACCCCUGCGCAAUGGAAACCUCCCCGCUGAGGACCUCCAGGUCCUCGCCAGCUUGCCGGAAUAUAUCACCAAGUCCUUGACCAUGUAUUGGAAUGUUUGGAUUAGUGUUGCUGCGAGUCGAUUCGCGCUUUAUGGUGGUCUGGCAUUCUUCAUUUACCAGGGACGGGAUUCGUUCCUGGUGAGCUCCUAUACGGCGACUGCUGCGGCGGAGGGUCUGGAUCGGUUGAAGAGUCGGGUGGUUUUCACCUUUAGCUUUAUGGAGAUGAUGACGUGGUUCUGGAUCUUCGCUACGCUUCGUCAGGAGCGCCAGGAGCGGUUGACCAAGUUACUCGAGGACGCUCGUCGGGAUGCUGGCGAGGAAUAA